GAAUCAGUCUUCCAGAUUCCGCAUUGGCGUUCUCGACCAGCCUUUAACUCUCAUGACGCUCUCUUCGCCAACCCUCCGGACGCGUAGCCGCAGCGGCAGCGACCACUUAGCCAAGCCUCGUCGAGCUCGUGGUAGUAUGGACUCGACAGCAUCCUCUGCCAGCGGCGGGGGCAGCGCCAGUAGCUCCGUCCUGCGUGUGUCCAAAGAAGUGGAGAACAUCGGAGCGCGUGUGCCCAUGUCGAAGAAGCGCGUGACGUGGCGCUUCGUACUUGCCGGGUCGGAACAGGUCCACACAGUGAUGCUGGAGCACAGCCGCAUCUCGUCCAAGAAGCGUCUGAAACUUGACGGCCGCCGCCUCUACAGCUGCGACCAAUACGCGACCAACUGGCACUACGACUUCCACGUUGGGAGCGACACGCUCACACCUUUCCGCGUGAUUAUCAGAGACGCCAAGUCGGCUGUAGUGGGCCAAGGGAAGCUUGAGACAGUCUACGAUCUCCUAGCCGAAGGCGUCCAAUGGGAGCAGCUGUCGGAAAGAUUUCUACCAAUCGCUCAUCGCCACCAUACAGGGUCCGUCUGGAGCAGCAACAUGUAUGUGCGUCGCGUGGAGGACACUCGUGGCGACCUGUUAAGUGAUGGAGACGAUCGUCCACCUGGGACGUUACUAACAUGGACAUUUGCCUUUGGUGUAAGUGGCAGUGUCCACAAAUUGGAGCUCCGAGAUCUGGAAAAAGGCGAGUUUGUGGUCGUUCUGGACUGCCGCGAACUUAAGCGUGUGAGCUUUGACGAUAUCCACGCGGAUAUGUGGGAAUUUGAGUACGAUCUGGAAGAUCAACAUGAAGUGGACCUUGUGGUGACGCUGGUGGACGAAGAGAAGACGUACGAUCUCUUUAUUGACGGGAGUGCGUGGAGCGAGAUCAGCCAGACCAACUUUGUGCUCGAGUCUGGGUGGUAUCCCGUGUACUCGCGCUCUCGUAGCGCCGUCUACUUCCGUCACGAACAGACAGGAAACACCCAAUGGGAGAAACCUGUUGUUGAUCGCGAGGCUGCGCGUGUUACUCGACCCCCUCAAGAGUUUCAACAGGUUUCUCCUGGAUCUCAAGGACUCGACGACUUGAUCCAUGACAUGCACGCUGUGUCGGUCAAAGAAACGAUUCCGGAAGAGCCUGAGAGUGAACACGAACAUGCUCUUCCGUUGGUAGCCAUGAAACAGCCGUUGCAACCGGUGCAGGAAGUCCCGGAAGCACUGGAAACACAGGAAGCCAACCUCAUUGACUUCUCUGAUGUGGGUGUAGUGCACUCUUCGCCUUUGAAACCGAAAAAUGGGUACGAAGGGUUUGACCCAUUUAACCCUGCGACACACACGGGAAUUGUGCCCAAGGAGCAGAAUAAACACACAGAGCCAGUGGAUCUACUGAGCCUUUAG